CCUCUUAAGCAAAACAAAUUAAAACAAAGUAUUUGAUGAUAAUAUCCCAUCAUCUUUUCAUUUUUAUUAUGCGCUCCGUGAUUGGCCCAUAAUGAAAUGUACGAAGUAGUCUUAUCUGUUUAUCGUCAAACAGAUUCGAAGUUUUCGGUAUCUACAGAAAAAGAAAUAUUCCAAGGUUAGUUGACUUAGCGCUCAAGGCCGGCCCAAAAGUACUAUUAUUGCAAAAAGAGUUGUUCAAAUUCUAUAGAGGUGGUGUUGGGUCGACUCUAAAUUGGAAGAGAAAACUUUGUGAACAAUCUUCAUUAUCGUGAAGUUGUUUCAACGGCUGUUGGCAAUCACACUUAAUGAACAAAUAGCUUUGGGCAGUAGGCAAUAUCGGCUUGGCAGCUAUAUUCUAAUGACUUGAAGUCAUUGUAUUCGCUUCCCAAUAUUUAUUCCUUUCUACUCUGCAGAAGAUGCUCGAUGGGACCUUGAAGUUUCCAGUCAAAUACACGGCAGAGGCGAAGAGUGUUACAGUUUUUUUUAAUCAAACCUCAGACACUGAACUGUACAGCAAUAGAAACUUAAAAUCAAGAUGAACAACAGCACCGAUCCUACUGUGGUUUAUUUCGAGGAAGAAAGUGACUCUAAACUACCCAUAACCGCAGUGGUAACAGUUCUGUCGUUUCUGUCAUUCGGCACUGUAAUUGGCAACAGUCUCGUGUUCACGGCUAUUCUCAUUAACCCUGCACUUCACAGCGUCACCUAUUUGUCGGUGUUUAGUUUGGCGAUUGCAGACUUUUUGGCUGGAAUAAUCGCCAUGCCAAGCUACAUACUGAAAAAGUUCUCGUUGGGAGAAUCCGCCGAUGUCAUCAUCUGCGACGUCUUCCGUUUCUCCUACUUUCUCACCGGUUACGCCUCCAUUCUGAGCUUGUCUGUCAUUAGUGUCGAGCGCCUAUUAGCAGUGAAGAGUCCACUAAGAUAUACCACCAUAGUUACACAUAAGCGAGUGAUUAUGGGUUUAACAUUGGCGUGGCUCGACGCGAUGAUUAUAUCUUCACUUCCCUUCGUCCCAUGGGAUCCAAACUCUCCUUAUAAGGAAUGUAAUUACGAGCCGACGCGAUGGUGGAGUAUCAUGGUCAUUAUAUCUAACGUUAUUUUACCAUUUCUACUCAUCGCAACGUGCUAUACCUACAUGUAUCUAACCGCCAGGUCACAUGUUAAGAAAAUAUUAAGUAACAGAAACAGCGUAGAAAAUGAUAAAGCUCGAAAACCGCGGAGACAAAGUAACGAACGUCGAGCCAGCACCACAAUACUGAUUGUUAUCGGGGUGUUCGUAACUUCUUGGUUUCCAUCUUGUUUCUAUUACUUCUUACAGAAAACGUGUCCGCAAUGUUUUUCUGAUUCAUUCCGAUCAAAGCAAAGCAUCUUCAAUGCCUUGGUCAAAAUUCUGACUUUCACGUCGUCCUUUGCCAAUCCUAUAAUA